AGGCACGCGUGUUACAAUGACUGAUUAUUGAGUAACAAUAGAAGAGAUAGAAUGAAAGUCAUUGAAUUGUUUACAAGGAAUCUGUUCAAACAAAUAGUGACCAUAGAGGCAGAAGACUUUACUUUCCAAGCAAAACUGUAGAUUUUUAUGCCAGCUUUGUUUUUUCUAUUAAAAUUGUUUAAGACAAUUGGCUUUUUUGAUUUAGGUGUCUGAAUAUUUAUGAAAUAGUUGGCAGUUUCUGUUACGCUACUAGUAUUUACGCUUAAUAUAUUUAAGAAAAAUAGUACAUUUUUAUGUAAGCUAUAGUUUGUUAUUGCUCUAUUAUUUAGUUUUCCGUUGUUGGUUUAUGAUUAUUGUUUAAAACCAUAUUUAAAAUCACAGUAAGGAUAUUUGGAUAUUAUGUGCUAAAGGUGUCCCAUCUCACCCCCUACUAUAUAUAACUAAGAAAAUACUUCUAAGUUUUAGAACUUGCUGUAUAAAGGCAUUUAAAGGUAUUAGGAAUUAAAUGCCAUGUAUACUUAGUAGGCGUGCCAGGUUACUAGAACAUACAUACUGUGUUGUGAUAAUGGCUAUUAUGACAAAGCUAUUGUGACAUGUCUAUUGUUAAACAUGAAUAGUGGGAUUUAGUUCGAAGGCAUAUUUCGCUAUGAGAAGUUCUGUAAUAGAAUAUUAGGUCAAAGCAGUGCUGUGAGAUUAUUAUUUGGAAUAAUAAUGUCUUUUUUGGAUUAGUUAAAAAUUGGUUGUAUAGAUUUUUAAAAUUGUAUUAAUUUUUAUUGGUAAACACUGCUGAAAAGUGAAACGUUUAACUUUUUUUAGCAAUUGCUCAUCUUUAAGUUUUAAGUAGUAAGGGUAUGGACAACUGCAUUAUGAUAUUAUUUUAACAUGUGUUUAUGUAAGUUAUGUUGUAUUUGACCAACACCUUAUUAUUUUUGACAGCUAGUUUUACAAAGCAUCAUAUGGAACUUAAACUAUAUUCCACAGCAAACAUAAUAUAUUUGGUUAAGGUCGUAUGAGAGAAAUGUCUUUAACAAAGAAGCAGAAAGAGGAAGAGAAACAUCUACAGCAUGUCAUGGAGGCUUUGGAACAAGAUAAUGUGGAAAAGAUAAAGAAUGCCAUAUCCACAAAGAAACACGGGAAAGGCUUUGUUUUAACGAGCAAGUUCUCCAAGAAAAAAAGACCAAACUCAAAGGAUCAAAGAAGGUCCCCCCAGAUGCCUGUUGUAGUUGGAUCACCUUUCGGUUCCCCUCCUCCCUCCAGGAAGUCUUCCCCGUCUCCUUCACGAGGCCGUCAUCUUAUUGAGAAGACUUAUAUCACAGAAACUGAUCACGAUCAUAAAAAUAAUCGGGAUUUACCGAAAAAAGUUGACAUGGCUUCCCAAUUUGAAGAGGUUGCUAUAGAAACGAUCCCAGAGCCUCCACCAGGUACUCCAGAGCCAAAAACCGCAUCCAAGGAAGAUCCAGGAAUCACAGAGGCUCCAGAAGAGGUUCCAGUGAUCCCGGAGUACAAAGAGGAGAAGGAGGAGCAGGUAAAAGAGGAAGUGAAGAAAAAUAGGAAAAAAGGAAGAAGAAUAUCAUCCGCUAACUAUGCACGACUAGCUUUGUCCCAAACCCCAACCUACUAUAAGUUGGAGACAAAGCUGAAUAAGAUAAACAAAGAAGAAAACCCUGCUCCUGUAAGGACCAAUGUGUUUGAAACAAGAGUAAAAAAGGAAGGAGGAAAUGCUGUGUCCCCGUUCUACACGCAGCUGGAAAUCCCCGAAGGAGCUUUGAGGAGCGAUGUGCUUGUCAAGUUUGUUACACAGGAUUAUAAAGGCAUGGAAAUAUCGUUGGGACAAGAUGACAAGUUAUGCAGCCACGUAGUUGACAUUGGCAUGGCACAUGCCGCGUAUUCCUUGCACAAAGAUGCCACGCUAAGGAUGCGGAUUCUAGGGGAGUGUGUAAAUGUAUAUGAUGACGUGAUUAUACUUUGUACACGCCACUUCCAGUGGGAACGAGUUCCAACUCGGGUGGAGACAAAGAAACAUAACGGAGAUAAUCACCUUUAUGCAGUGACUAACACACAGUUUUUAGGUAAAUUUGUGGUAAUCACAUCACCAAGAGUUGACAGGUUUGUUUUAACAUCCGCUGGUGAUCUCAUCCGAUCCACGAUUGAUCCGGAUGUUGCUCUUCAUCUCGAGGAAGCCACUAUCGGUCAUCUGGACCACUUGGUGGAGCUAUACGUGAGGAGAAUGCGAGAAGACGCAGUUGUUAAUACAGGGACAAGUAACGUCAAUGGUAUAGAUGGAAGACUAGUUGCAUCAAGUUCCAUCAUCUCAGUCACCAAGCAAUCUAUGGGGAAGACACCAUCGUUACAACAUGGUGUAACUCUUCCUACUAAGGUUACGCUGACCGUUCCUGUGACGACAGUGAGCCACCAAAAGGCACCAGAGAGCUGGACAAGUUUGAAAGUGAUGCACAAAUUUGGGGAUGGGGAAUGGAGUGAUAUAACUUUACAGCAAAAUUUGCUGCCGUCUCCAAAAUCUGCGCAGUCUGGAAAUUCUGUUAGUGUUACUGUCACAGUUCCUUGUCAAUUAAUGGUGCUGGCUUUCUCGGAGAAAGAAAAGGCGCAGAGGGACAUAGAAAUAGAAGAAUUAUGCGAAGAGUUGGUAUGGAAUAAUAGAAUGUUUGAUGUGAAGGUACUUGUACAUCAAAAAGUUGAGAGGCCAGAAAUUAUAAGUGUUCAUAUCGUUCCAAAAGAAGCUGCCGAAUUAAUAUCAAAAGCUAUGGAGCAAAACCAAGAAUGGAAGAAGACUGAAGACAAGUCAAACGAAGGCAUUCGAUUGGCUGAAAGAGACCAUGUGAUCAUGCGUCUCAGGGACGGAUUGAAACUAACAAUAAAUCAAAUUUCGCCGAAAAUUCAGUUUAACAGCAGGAGAUGGCAAGGGUUUGAGUAUCAAUUAGAAGCAACAGAAGAAUCAUUCGCAAAUAUUUCCGAAGCUAUUACAGGCAGUAUAGAGUUCUACCAUGUGGAUGGUGACAUCACAGAUGGUUCAUUGUUACAUAGUAGUGACAUCACAAUACCAAGAGAAAAAGCAAAACCUUAUAAACCUACAGUGGUUGUACGUCCAGUACCAAAAGUCCAAGUUUUUCGAGAGUACAAGCUAAAAUGGAUGAAAAACCUUUCAGCGAGCGAACAAGAAAAAUACAAGUCAAUUAACACGCCGUGACCAUAGACAUCUUAUAACCACAAGAAAAGAAGUAAAUAACAAUUGGGACCAUUCCACUGUGAUUCUAACAUACAGUGCCAGUGUCAUAACUGUGUUUUUUAAGUUUUUGAUAACUUUUUUUUUAAAUUCAUUUUUUUUAACAUUUAUUAUGACUUGUGUAUUAUGAACACUGUCCAGUUUGUAUCAUGUAUAAAAGAAAUGCUGUAUAUAAUAUUUAACUUUUAAUACAAGUAUUAUGUUUAGUCUCAGUAGAAUUUUGUGAUCUUAUUUAAUUGCACCACUUUUCACAGGUGUUUAUAUAAGUUAAGUUGUAUUUGACCGACACUUUACUAUUUUUGACGGCUAGUUUUACAAAGUGUCGACAAAACAAU